AUGGCCACUUCCGCGCGUGGUGCGUCUUGGCUUGUUCCGUCCCCGCGCCUCUUCUUCACCGGCUGCUGCCGCCGGCCGUCUUCCCCGCCCGCCGCCCUGCCUCUUCCCCGCCGGCGCCUCUCCACCGCCGACCCCACCUCUCCCACCGCCGCCCGCCCGUCCCGCUCUCCUCCGCCGGCUGCUUCCCUCGGCCGCCGCCCUCCGCCGCUACCGGUCGCCGGCCGCCGUCCUCUGUCGCCCGUCCCGCGCCUCCCGCCGCUCUCUGCCGCCGGUCCAGGCCCGUCCCGUGCCUCCCGCUGCGCGUCUCUGCCACCAGGGACGGAGAAGCGGCCUCUGCUCCCCGAUCCGUUUUCUCUCUCCUGA